AUGGGGUUAGAGAACAAUCUGACCGACGUGUCAUCGGAGUCGAUCCCAAUCAUGGUUGUGGCUCUCAUAGGCACUUACGUAGGUUAUCUUCGGACCCUUCUUUUCACUCUCUUUCAGAUUUUGGGUCUCUCUCGAUUGGAUCCAGAGGGCAUCGAUGAGGGUCUUUUUGAUGCUGUGGGCUCCGGUCUGGCCGGUCUGAUUGUUCUAUCGGAGCAGCUGAACUUGAACCGGGUUUUUUCUUACAGGUUUGGGGGUGAAGAUGAUAGGACCGGUUCGGAUUGCGUGGUGUGUUUGAACCAGCUGGGUGAAGGUGACCAUGUGCGCAAGUUAGCGUGCAGGCAUGUGUUUCAUAAGAAGUGUCUCGAUGGGUGGCUUGACCAGCUCAAGUUUAGUUGUCCUCUUUGUCGGUCGUCGUUGGUUUCUGAAGAGUGCGUGUCCUUCACGCAAAAGCGCGUGAGUGAUGAUGUCCUUACGUGGUUCUCUAUGCGGUGA